GCGCUCGCUGAUUGGCUGUCGUGCGGGGCGGGGCUGGGAGUGGGGACGCCCUUUCCUGCGGAAGUGGGGCGGGAAGGGCCGCCGCCUCGGCUGGCUCACUCUUUUUUGUGGCCGCCAUCAUGGGUCGCAUGCACGCUCCCGGAAAGGGCUUGUCCCAGUCAGCCUUGCCCUACCGACGCAGCGUGCCGACGUGGCUGAAACUUACUUCUGAUGAUGUAAAGGAACAGAUCUACAAGCUGGCAAAAAAAGGCCUGACUCCCUCGCAAAUUGGUGUGAUCCUGAGGGAUUCCCAUGGUGUUGCCCAAGUUCGCUUUGUUACUGGCAACAAAAUUUUGAGAAUCCUUAAAUCGAAGGGACUGGCCCCAGACCUUCCAGAGGAUCUUUAUCACUUGAUUAAGAAAGCUGUUGCUGUUCGCAAACAUCUUGAGAGAAACAGAAAGGAUAAAGAUGCCAAGUUCCGCCUGAUUCUGAUUGAAAGCAGAAUCCAUAGGCUGGCUCGCUACUACAAAACUAAGAGAGUGCUGCCACCCAAUUGGAAGUAUGAAUCAUCGACAGCUUCUGCCCUGGUCGCAUAAGAGCUGGCUUUGACUUACCAAAAGAAUAAAUUUUCAUUAACUAA